CGGGGCUCAGUCGGGGGGCGGCGGCGGCGGCGGCGGCGGCUCCGGGGAUGGCGGCGGCUCCGCUGCUGCUGCUGCUGCUGCUGCUGCUCGUGCCGGUGCCGCUGCUGCCGCUGCUGGCCCAGGGGCCCGGAGGGGCGCUGGGGAACCGGCAUGCGGUGUACUGGAAUAGCUCCAACCAGCACCUGCGGCGAGAGGGCUACACGGUGCAGGUGAAUGUGAACGACUACCUGGACAUCUACUGCCCACACUACAACAGCUCCACAGGGGUGGGCCCGGGCCCAGGCGGCGGGGCCGAGCAAUACGUGCUGUACAUGGUGAGCCGGGCUGGCUACCGCACCUGCAACGCCAGCCAGGGCUUCAAGCGUUGGGAAUGCAAUCGGCCGCAUGCCCCGCACAGCCCCAUCAAGUUUUCUGAGAAGUUCCAGCGCUACAGCGCCUUCUCGCUGGGCUACGAGUUCCACGCCGGCCACGAGUACUACUACAUCUCCACGCCCACCCACAACCUGCACUGGAAGUGUCUGAGGAUGAAGGUGUUCGUCUGCUGCGCCUCCACAUCGCACUCCGGGGAGAAGCCGGUCCCCACUCUCCCCCAGUUCACCAUGGGCCCCAAUGUGAAGAUCAACGUGUUGGAAGACUUCGAGGGAGAAAACCCCCAGGUGCCCAAGCUUGAAAAGAGCAUCAGUGGGACCAGCCCCAAGAGGGAGCAUCUGCCCCUGGCAGUGGGCAUCGCCUUCUUCCUUAUGACUCUCUUGGCCUCCUAGCUCUGCCCAUCUCGGUGGGGAGAGAUGGAUGGGGCAAGACCUGACCCAGACCGAGUAAGGAGGAGCCUUCUUCGGCCUGUCCCUCGCCACCCCACCGCAGGGCCUGGACCCUUCAGUCCCACGACUGGAAAUGGGGUCUGCGCCAUCUAUCUGUGCUCUCCCACCCUCUCCCCCUUGUAGGGCUCAGCCAUGGACCAAGCACAGAGUGACCUUGUGGGCUCUGGGAAUAUCUGGUACCAAACGCGGGGGCAUAAAGGGCAGUGCUCAGGUCUCCCUGGCCCCUGGUACCUUCCUCUGACCCCCUGGUGCGCUCCAGACCCUGGUGCCCUGAAGCUGGGCAUAGUCCAGUGUGCCAGGCACCCCAUUACUCUCUCCCUCCAGGGGCAGAGCUGGGGAGAGGACUAGAUGGGCGAGGGGUGGCCUGGCUGCAGCCCCCUCCCCCGGUUUACAGCAAUAAGCACGUCCUCCUCCCCUCCACUCACACCCCCAGGAUUGCGUUUUGGACUGAACCCAAGUUUACAAGUAGACCCCCCACCCCUGGGUGUGGGCAGUGGCUAGGGGUGACAAGACGUGGGCACUGGGCGCCAGGCAGGCAUGUACAGAUUCUAUAUCUCUAUAUAUAAUGUACAGACAGACAGACUCCCUCUUCCUCCUCCUCCAUUCUGCCCACCCCACGGUCCCCGACUUCCCCAUCCAGCUUCAGACUUUUCCUUCCCCAGGCUAGGCCCCCACCUUUGGGGGACCCGCUGGCCCCUCUUUUGUCUUCUGUGAAGACAGGACCUAUGCAACGCACAGACACUUUUGGAGACCGUUAGACAACGACGCCCCCUCUCCCCAAAACCCCCUUCCCUGGGGUUCCAGGCCAGGUCCGGGUCCCGCCCCGCGUGGCCCUGCCCACCCGUCCUCCUGGGCCUUUUUCAAGUGCUUCAGCUGUGACUUUCAUACUCUGCUCUUAGUCUAAAAAAAAAAAAAAAUAAACUGGAGAUAAAAAUAA